AAAACCUGAAAUGAUGGUUAGUGUUAUUGUUGAUGUUUCUCUUGGAAUCAGCAACUGAAAAAACAUUGUUACUCUACUAGUUUUUCCAUAUUCUCAUUACAGUGAAAGAGAAUUUCAAAUUAAUGAGUAAUUCUUUUAAUCAUAAUUCAAAUUCACUCUAAUUAACCACCAAUAGAGAAUAAAUAUUCUAUUUAGUGUUUUCUUCUUUUUCCAUUUGAUUUUCUAUUCUCUUUGUUGUUGUUGUUGUUUUUUCUUCUUUUGGUUUUUUUUUCUAUUCGUUUUUAAUGUUUACCUUUUUUACUCUUGAAAAUGUUUACAUUCUAAUAACAUAAAGAUUCAACAAAUAGAACUCGGAUUUUCCUUGUUUACAUCAUAAUAUUUUCUUCACCAUCUAAACUGUUUUAUGUUCAUCAGUGUUACCAAUUUCAUCUCUUCAUUUGGUGGUGGAAAAAUUAUUCCACUCAAUCAGUUAUCCUGUUUGGUUGUUAAAUUCAAGUUAAUAUUUGGGAAAAUAGCAUUAACCUAAAGGCUUUGUUUUUCUAUUGUGGUGAUCUACCUGAUGAUUGUGGUGUCUUCUAAUUGUGUCAAUAGAAAUGAGCUUGUUUGCUUUUAAUAGUACAUUUGUUGACAUUGAUUAUCUAAGAUGGUUGGUCUGGUUGUUGAGUCCAAUAUUUAUCAGUUUCCUAUUACCAUUGACAAUACUCAUACUUUGCUAUAGUUCAGCUUUAUUUUUACACGUUUACCGGCAUCGUUAUCGUAUUACUGAAAUCAAGGAGGCUGUUCGUGCUGGUGAUUAUUGGCAAGGUGCACGUCAAGCAAUCGCAACCGUUUGGGAUGCCCAUGGUUGGAUUUAUCAUGGUUAUGAGGUUAAAGGAUUACACAAUAUACCCGAUACUGGACCUGCCUUAAUUGUCUACUAUCAUGGUGCCCUUCCCUUAGACUAUUACUACCUAAUGGCGAAAACAAUUCUUAAAAAGAAAAGGUUAAUCAAGGCUGUUGGUGAUAAAUUCUUAUUCAGUAUUCCUGGUUGGAAGUUGAUGAUGGAGGUUUUCCAUGUUUUCCCUGGAACUUUAAAAACCUGUACCCAAGUAUUACAAAGAGGUGACCUGUUGUCAAUUGCACCGGGUGGUGUUCGUGAGGCUCAAUUCGGUGAUAAUAGGUACAAAUUGGUUUGGGGUAAUAGAAUUGGUUUCGCCAAAGUUGCCAUUGCAGCUCAAGCACCAAUUGUACCUGUUUUUACUGUUAAUCUACGUGAGGCCUUUAGAUCAGUUACCAUAGGGCAAAGUUGGUUUGAAAAGAUUUAUGAUAAAACAAGGUUACCCAUGGUUCCUAUUUAUGGUGGAUUUCCGGUUAAAAUGACAACAAUAAUCGGUGAACCAAUACCAUAUCAUCCCGAUAGAACACCAGAGGAACUUGCAACCCUAACAUCGGAAGCCAUAGAAAAAUUAAUCCGUGAUAAUCAGCGAAUUCCUGGAAGUAUUUGGAGAGCAAUUUUCGAUAGAUUUAAAAGAAAACUGGGAUAAAAUGGACGCAGAGAAAACUGUUAAUUAUUUUUUUUUACUUCCUUUUUAUCAGCUGAAUCCAUAAAUACAAACUCUUACCAAGAAACUUUCAGCUUAUCCCAUUGCCCCAGGAUAAAGAAACAAAAAACACACCAAGAAAUCACAUGCAUGAUAUAAACAAAGAUGUAAAUAUCUUAAUUAUCGUCUACCGUCACAGCGAUGCUUUUUUUUGUAUUAACUCUCUCUCUCUCUCGAGCAUUUGAUUCUUGGUUUACAACAAAUUCAGUGCAAUCAAAUGAGCUAUACGAUUUAAUCUUAAUCCAAAGCCUGGCCUAUUGGAUAUCGAUACCGACCUUGCUUACCGAUGUUCCCGUUAAUCCACCCACAUUGAUUUUUAUCAUUAUGUUUUCUUGCUGUGUCUUCAUCUAUUUUCAUUAACUAUGGAAAAUACAAAUCGCAUCGCCAUCGAUUCAUGUUAUAUAAUCUGUUAAUUUAAUUACAAUUGCGGGAUCCAUUGUGCAGAAUCUACAUCUCAUCUUAUCUGUAAAUCAGAUUAAUCUACUUUAAAAAAGAAUAAGGAAAAAAAACUUGAUAAUCAUUUGAAAGAAUUCAAAAACCUGUAAAUAUUCAAGUUCAUCUAAUCAAAAUCAAAUUAGAUUUAACUACAAAUCACACCAAGAGGAAAAUUCUGGAACAAUUUAAUUUCGUCUUCAAUAGUUUCAAAGCCAAUUAAGUUUAAAUCAUCAUCUUGUAAUCAUCAUUGGUAAAAAAAAGUAACUUUAAUUAUAUAAAGUGUAUCUGAAAUAAAAUACAAACAAAUAAACAAUUAAUACAAAGGUAA